AUGGCGAUUGAAAUUUCUACUUUUCCUUCUUCUGGUUUUUCCUCUACUUCAAUAAAGAGUUUUUCUAUGUUUUCUAGGGUUAGGUUGAUUUUGAGGUGCUGGGCUCUGGACUGUCAGGCUUGGGAUUCGGCUUGGAGAGAUUGGGAUGCAGUUUGUCAGGCUUGGGAUGAAGCUUGGGCUUCGGCUUGCCAGGCUUGGGCUGAGGCUUGGAAAGUUUGGACUUCGGCUUGGAAGGCUUGGACUUCGGUUUGGUCUUGGGCUACGGCUUGGAAGGCUUGGGCUUCGGCUUGGAAGCCUUGGGCUGAGGCUUGCCAGGCUCGGACUCAGGCUUUGGGUGUGGAUUGGUCUUGGGCUUGGGCUUCGGCUUGGUCUUGGGUUUGGAAAGCUUGGCAUGCAGCUUGGUAG